GCCUCGUAGAUCAUAUAAACAGCGGCGCUCGCAGCAGUAAUUCAUGAGCUUUCAGAGCUUGAAGUCCACACCAGAUCUGAUUACCCACACCAUCCGUUGCCUCCUCCUCAUUCCAAUGAUGUUAGAGGGCAGCCACAUGCCACUCUAGCUUCUGCUUAUUUGCACAUUGCCUUCGAGGAGUGGACAGGGAGCGAGCGUAUUAAUCUGACAUAGAGUUCAGCUGUGCUCAUUGAUCCAAGUCGAACAAUGAUUUCGUUCAAAAAUGCAUUACUGUGUGCUCUGCUGGGCGUUACAAUGGUCGCCCAGCUAAUCUCAGUGAGUGCGAGCUCCUGCAAAACAUGCACUGGACAUAUUUUGGCCGAGUCGUUCUCGGUGAAAAACUUCCUGCCGGCAGGUGAUUCCAACCUCUACAUGGAAUGUUCAUGCCUCAGUCGAUGCGGGAAGCUCACUGUCCAAGCUCCCGUUGAUAUUAAAGAAUGCCACAGUGUUGAAACCUCGACUCGUUUUUGUGGGCCUACACCCGAUUGGCCCCUUGCUGAGUUAGAUGCUUAUCGUGCCGAGCAGAUGCUGUGUGAAUUCAUUUGGACACGUCCCAAUUCUGAGACAAUCUACCGCACGCCUGUGAUGGUCUGGACCCGUGAAGGGCCGAAGAGAACUUUCUACAAGGUCGACGCUUCCGGCUUCUGGUUUUCCAAUGGCGCAGAUGCCCAGUGGAACUUAAUGCUCGGUUGGACGAUGUCGAACUAUAUUUCAUCGGAAGUUCCGCUCAAGGGUGCCGGAAACAGCGUAUUUGAGACCUUCGGCAACGAACACUGCCGCACAAAGAAUUACGCAUACUAGGACGUACCAGGGAUGCUGUUGGUAUCUGCAUGAAAUUGCAUGCUCUACGAUAUUAGUACUGAGGCAAGUUAGCAGUAGGAUGAUUAUCAGGUCCCACAUGUUCUCUAUCUACGCUUCUUAUCGGAAUAUGAGAACGUCUAGGAUCAGACUCUUCAGUCUCCACUGAUCUGGAACCCCCUUGUGAUUGAAGACGGUUCAAAUAUCAAAGCUGCCUCAGCUGUAUACAUUUCAUCGUUGUGAUUCCUGGAAUCAUCAUGUACUUGCUUGAAUAUUCAGAAUACAUUCAUUCACUUGUG